UGGUUUCCGUCUUUGCUUACUUCGAGCCGGAGAGUCCGAUAGCAUCGGCGGCUUGCAGAUGGUGAACUUCAUGAAACCAGAAGCAAAUUUAACAGAACCGUUGAUUGCCUCCGUCCGCGUGAUGAUGCACACAACACAUCUACUGAAUCAUAGUCUCUACAUUUCUCAAAAGUAUACAUCGUGUAUUGUAUACCCCUUUUUUUCUUUUAUAUAACUGAAGGGUUCCAGAUUGAAACUACGACUCUUUGUAUUUAGAUUUAGUUCAACAUGAAAGUGAACAAUGUUAUCUCAUUGAUAAAAGAAAAAGAGUAGUAAUAUUACAAGUCUA